AUGACCAUAAGUAAACAAUCAACUCCAGAGUUUGUAAUUCAGUGGAUUAAACUCUCAACUUAUUUUAUGUUCAUGUGGCCUCCAAAUUCAAAAUCAACACGACUUACGAUUAUUUUUAAAAUAUGUUGGUGGAUUUCUUUGCUGGUCGCCGCAGCAAACGCUCUCUCACUAGUAAGCACGGCAUAUCAACACCGGAGCAAUUUCAUCAGAGUCACUGAAUGUUUAUCUACUGGAUUAUAUUUCAUCCAAAUUGUGUUGAGAUUAAUCAUUACAAAGCAAAAUCAUCAUCGUUUUCAGUAUCUAAUUGAAGAGAUGGAGACUUUCGUGAAAAAUGAAAAUCCCCACGAACGACAAGUAUUAACGCGUUACGUGAAGCGAGUUGCUCCUUUUUAUUUUCCAUAUAAUAUUAUGAUUUACGGUGCAGUUUUGGCUUAUAUAUUUGGUCCGUUCAUUAUCGAUCAGCCAUUACAGAAUUCAGCUGAAUUUCCCUUUUCUGUGGAUGAACAUCCCGUUUAUGAUAUAGUUGCCAUAUUUGAAGCAAUGGGAGGAAUUCAAGCCGGCUGCAGUGCCGCCCUCGUUUGUCAAUUGUGUCUGCUUCUUUGGUAUGGAACAAUUCAACUGGGAUUUCUCGCUGAGAAAAUUGAGCACGUAACCAGUUCUCAAGAACUGACGAAGUGCAUCUCUGUACAUCAACAUAUAUUAUGGUAUAUUGAAGAAACCAUUGAAAUCGUACGGCCUGUGGUAGCAGUGAUGCUCGGAAUAACAACGACAUGCAUUGCAUGUUGAGGAAUUCAUAUAGUUGGAAAUGGACCAGUCCUUAAAAGACCUCAGUAUGCUUUGAUACAAAUUGUGUACGCCUUGCCGCUACUUGGUGUCACAUGGGCCGUAGAAAAUUUAACCGCAGCGGUAACAAUUACAGGAGUGAGUUGGGCGUUGUACAAUUGUUCCUGGAUUCAUUAUUCGAAGGAAUUUAAUAGGGCUGCAAUGUUCGUAAUGCACAAGUGUCAACAUCCACCAAAGAUAACGAUCGGUGGAUUAAUGCCGGAAUUAUCCAUGGAGUAUUAUACAAAGUAUAUUUCUGCAGUAUAUUCCUUCUGCGCUAUGCUACGUAUCAUGCUUCACAAAUUUGAGGACAAUCAAUAG